AUGGAACCAAUGCCAACAAGCAAUGCCUCGACUGCAGCUUUUUCAAGAGCGGUUCAACUCAGACGUAGCUUUUCCACCAAAUAUGGUGGUAAAUUUGCCCAAGAAGUCGAUCUGGGGUGCCCCACUUUACAUGAAUCCCACGGGAUUCCAACAAAAGAAGUACAAACUCACAGUGCUAUGGCAGAAGAAGCACCGUUAACGACACUAAAAUCAUCCCCAUUAACACCCAAUGAUACCGAGGCCAUUGAAAGAGAUUACGAGGCCCCUUUACGCGAGUACUCCAAGUUCUCAGCUUCCGUGUCACAAUUGUUUGACAGCGCUUCUUUGAACAACAUAGUAGCAGCAGUGGAGAACGAGCCUCCGCUCUCACGUGAGGAACACCUGCAGCAGCUGCGAAUACGUGCUGGUUUAAUUCACAGAAAUGAGGCAGGUCUUCGUGACUACUACACUCAGUCGUAUCAACAACAGCAGAAGAAAGCCGCUCAAGAUCGCCUGAGUUUCACCGGCUCUUUGCCUGCUCUGAAUACUCAGUCUGUAUCCAAGCCCAGUGGGGUUUUCGGGUCCUUCAUGUCGAGGGCUCAGAAUGCCGCAUCGGGUCUAAUGAAGCAGGUGAAUGUGGUGGCAGAAGCUGCGAAACAGGCCGUCUCUGAAGCGCAUGCCAUGAUUUCUGUUGAAGAUAAACAGCAACAGCAACAGUCACAAAAACCACAGCUGCAGCGACAGCAUUCCAAAAGGACGCUAGUCGGGUCGAACAGGCUAUCACAGCAGGAGGCAAACCUUCCAGAGCUAACUCCACCCACACCUGAUGAUGCGAAGGUGAGCAGUGAGGAGGAUGUACAGGGUGUCCUAAUACCCUCAGAGUUCAUUAACGAGGACGAGAGAAAGGCGGCACGCAGGGUUUGGGGACAAUCGUCUUCGAUUGAACAAGACGAUGAGGAUUACGGUGAAGAUAAUAGUAUUUCGCAAGACCAAGAGGAAUUCUUUGACGAGGAGGAGGAUAGAAAUCAGUGGAUUAAGUCCGACACCCGUCAGAGACGGCUGGGAUCGAAAAGGGAGGAGAUGAUGACGGUGGGAGAGAGAAUUAAUGAUGAGGCAUGGCUAAGAUCGCGUAACAAAGAUGAGCGUGCUGCCAUUCGUGCGAGGGAUGGAAUGCUCAUGGCAGCUGUCACGGGCAUUCAUGAUCCGAUGGUUAAUGGACAGGACUACUGUGAGGACGAAGAAGAGGACUAUGAUGACCAUCAAGUAGAGGAAGAAGAUCAUAGGACCUCUAGAAGAAACGGACGACAGAGACGGAACCAUGGCGCUGAUGGGGACGAUAUCCGGUCGCAUGUACACAAGGGUCAUCGACGAUCACAAGUGCUGUCGGAAGAAGAGGAGAGGUAUCAUAGUGGCCAAACAGAUGAAGAAAUCGAGGAGACGGAAGAACGAAGCGGAGAAUUUAAUGGCUAUUUCCGCCACAGAAGCAGGCAGAAGUCGGGAGGAAGACAGAGUUCCUACGAAACCAAUGGGGAAGAGAGUGACUUUGUGGAGGAUGAAAUGGGUUCGAAUGAAGAUGUGAGUUCCAAACACCGGCACCAACGUCAAAAUCACCACCUUCGUGAACAUCGAAACAGCAGUUCGCUCACCUCAUACGAGGGUGUGCGUCUACUGCCCCCACCGGAAAAUGAACGACACGAAGGCGGCAACGACGAUGAGCAGAAGCGUGAAAAUCGAGGCGAUGAAACCACCGGCCGUAGCACUAGGCUACAGUCUCGCUUGGAGUCUCUCAAACCCGCCACAACUACCGAUAUUGACACCAAACAGUCUAUAGCUAGGCGGCGCUGGUUCGAUGCUUUUGACCAUGUCUGCAGACAACUAAAUGAGAAACAACACGUCUACAAGAAGACCCUUCAGGCGUUGCUCUAUCCAAUCUCCAGCGACACGCCGCAUAACUUCCAAGUAUGGAGCGCGACCAGUCCCACCUACUGCUACGAGUGUGAAGGUAUGCUCUGGGGCUUGGCCCGUCAGGGAUUGCGGUGUACAGAGUGCGGCGUCAAGUGUCACGAAAAGUGUCGUGAACUCCUCAAUGCAGACUGUCUUCAGCGAGCCGCAGAAAAGUCGGUGAAGCACGGCUCGGAGGACCGCACGCAGAGUAUAAAGCAGGCGAUGUCGUCGUUAAUGCGUCAACGUAUUCGCACCAAGCCGGAGCUCUUUGAUCUCGUCGGAAAGGUCUUCAAAAUGGAGAAUGCACAUAAGCAGAACCUUCAACAGGCCCAGAAAAGCAUCCUUGAUGGUACCAGCCAGUGGUCCGCCAAAAUUGCCAUUACGGUCAAAUGUGCACAAGGGUUAAUUGGGAAGGAUAAGACGGGAACAAGCGAUCCCUAUGUCACUGUUCAAGUGGGGAAGGUAAAGAAAAGGACGAAAACGGUGCCUCAAGAGCUCAAUCCUGUUUGGAAUGAGAAGUUCUACUUGUAA